AUGGCUGCCGCCGACGGAAUCGAACCAUCUUAUGCCCUGGAGGAGCUUCUCCAACAGUACCAUCUCUUCGACGACCUCUUCUCCCCGGCCGACUUCGCCUCCGGCGGCUACUCCAGCUGCGAAUCGUCAUCGGCGUCGUCGUUUUCCAACACCACCAGCUGCGGCGACUCCUCCUCCGCCAUCUCUGUUUCCGAUUACUACUUCGAUCCCGACGACGAUUUCUUCCAAUUCGUUGCGAAACCCGACGAGUUGGAAUUCGUGACCAGUCCCGCGGUAAUCGAUCUCACCAGCACUCCGAAAUCGGCCCCGAUUCGGGAGCACGAAUCGAAACCUAAAAUCGCCCAACCUCAAGUUACGCGUGAUUUCUUAGAACAGGGGACUAUUACCAAUCCUCGCUCGAACGGCGAUGAUUUAUUCUUAUUCGGAUUCGAUUCCGGAGAAGCGCCGAAGAUCGAACCGGACCAGUCGGCGACGGAGUGGAUCCGAUUCGGAACGGACGAAACGGCGGCGGGUAGGGGAUCUGGCGGCGGCGGCGGCGGCGGGAGGCAGUACAGGGGAGUGAGGCAGAGGCCGUGGGGGAAGUACGCGGCGGAGAUUCGGGAUCCGAGCAGGAAAGGCUCCCGGAUGUGGCUGGGGACGUUCGACACGCCGCUGGAGGCGGCGAGGGCGUACGACAGGGCGGCGUUCGAGCUGCGGGGACGGAAGGCGAUUCUCAACUUCCCGGUGGACGCCGGCAAGUACAAGGUGGCGGCUGAAGGACGCUGCCAGCGGAAGCGUCAGAGAAGCGAAGGAGGAGAAGAAAGAGAGGCGGCGGCGGUGACGGUGAAGCGGGAAAUUCGGGAGGGAGCAACGGAAACGGCGGCGUGGAGUAGUAGUAGUACGGAUGUGGAUAUUUGGCGGGAAGUUCCUCAGCGCCGCCGUUUCCCCGUUAACCAGGAUUUGCAGCUCAGAUGA